AUGGCGCCCCCUAGGGGAAGGCGCCUGCCCCCUAGAGGAGUGGCGCCCCCUAGGGGAAGGCGUUUGCUCCCUAGAGGAGUGGCGCCCCAUAGGGGAAGGCGCCGGCCCCCUAGAGGAGUGGCGCCCCCUAGGGGAAGGCGCCUGCCCCCUAGAGGAGUGGCGCCCCCUAGGGGAAGGCGCCUGCCCCCUAGAGGAGUGGCGCCCCCUAGGGGAAGGCGCCUGCCCCCUAGAGGAGUGGCGCCCCCUAGGGGAAGGCGCCUGCCCCCUAGAGGAGUGGCGCCCCCUAGGGGAAGGCGCCUGCCCCCUAGAGGAGUGGCGCCCCCUGGGGGAAGGCGCCUGCCCCCUAGAGGAGUGGCGCCCCCUAGGGGAAGGCGCCUGCCCCCUAGAGGAGUGGCGCCCCCUAGGGGAAGGCGCCUGCCCCCUAGAGGAGUGGCGCCCCCUAGGGGAAGGGCGCCUAUUAGGGGAAGGGCGCCAAUUAGGGGAGUGGCGCCUAUCAGGGGAGUGGCGCCUAUUAGGGGAGUGGCGCCUAUUAGGGGAGUGGCGCCUAUUAGGGGAGUGGCGCCUAUUAGGGGAGUGGCGCCUAUUAGGGGAGUGGCGCCUAGCCUAUUAGGGGAGUGGCGCCUAUUAGGGGAGUGGCGCCUAUUAGGGGAGUGGCACCUAUUAGGGGAGUGGCGCCUAUUAGGGGAGUGGCGCCUAUUAGGGGAGUGGCGCCUAUUAGGGGAGUGGGGCCUAAUAGGGGAGUGGCGCCUAUUAGCGGAGUGGCGCCUAUUAGGGGAGUGGCGCCUAUUAGGGGAGUGGCGCCUAUUAGGGGAGUGGCGCCUAUUAGCGGAGUGGCGCCUAUUAGGGGAGUGGCGCCUAUUAGGGGAGUGGCGCCUAUUAGGGGAGUGGCGCCCAUUAGGGGAGUGGCGCCUAUUAGGGGAGUGGCGCCGAUUAGGGGAGUGGCGCCUAUUAGGGGAGUGGCGCCUAUUAGGGGAGUGGCGCCUAUUAGGGGAGUGGCGCCUAUUAGGGGAGUGGCGCCUAUUAGGGGAGUGGCGCCUAUUAGGGGAGUGGCGCCUAUUAGGGGAGUGGCGCCUAUUAGGGGAGUGGCGCCUAAUAGGGGAGUGGCGCCUAUUAGGGGAGUGGCGCCUAUUAGGGGAGUGGCGCCCAUUAGGAGAGUGGCGCCUAUUAGGGGAGUGGCGCCGAUUAGGGGAGUGGCGCCUAUUAGGGGAGUGGCGCCUAUUAGGGGAGUGGCGCCUAUUAGGGGAGUGGCGCCUAUUAGGGGAGUGGCGCCUAAUAGGGGAGUGGCGCCUAUUAGGGGAGGGAGUGGCGCCUACUAUUAGGGGAGUGGCGCCUAAUAAGGAAGUGGCGCCUAUUAGGGGAGUGGCGCCUAUUAGGGGAGUGGCGCCUAUUAGGGGAGUGGCGCCUAUUAGGGGAGUGGCGCCUAUUAAGGGAGUGGUGCCUAUUAGGGGAGUGGCGCCUAUUAGGGGAGUGGCGCCUAUUAGGGGAGUGGCGCCUAUUAGGGGAGUGGCGCCUAUUAGGGGAGUGGCGCCUAUUAGGGGAGUGGCGCCUAGCCUAUUAGGGGAGUGGCGCCUAUUAGGGGAGUGGCGCCUAUUAGGGGAGUGGCACCUAUUAGGGGAGUGGCGCCUAUUAGGGGAGUGGCGCCUAUUAGGGGAGUGGCGCCUAUUAGGGGAGUGGGGCCUAAUAGGGGAGUGGCGCCUAUUAGCGGAGUGGCGCCUAUUAGGGGAGUGGCGCCUAUUAGGGGAGUGGCGCCUAUUAGGGGAGUGGCGCCUAUUAGGGGAGUGGCGCCUAUUAGGGGAGUGGCGCCCAUUAGGAGAGUGGCGCCUAUUAGGGGAGUGGCGCCGAUUAGGGGAGUGGCGCCUAUUAGGGGAGUGGCGCCUAUUAGGGGAGUGGCGCCUAUUAGGGGAGUGGCGCCUAUUAGGGGAGUGGCGCCUAAUAGGGGAGUGGCGCCUAUUAGGGGAGUGGCGCCUAUUAGUGGAGGGAGUGGCGCCUACUAUUAGGGGAGUGGCGCCUAAUAAGGAAGUGGCGCCUAUUAGGGGAGUGGCGCCUAUUAGGGGAGUGGCGCCUAUUAGGGGAGUGGCGCCUAUUAAGGGAGUGGCGCCUAUUAAGGGAGUGGUGCCUAUUAGGGGAGUGGCGCCUAUUAGGGGAGUGGCGCCUAUUAGGGGAGUGGCGCCUAUUAGGGGAGUGGCGCGUAGUAGGGGAGUGGCGCCUAUUAGGGGAGUGGCGCCUAUUAGGGGAGUGGCGCCUAUUAGGGGAGUGGCGCCUAUUAGGGGAGUGGCGCCUAUUAGGGGAGUGGCGCCUAUAAGGGGAGUGGCACCUAUUAGGGGAGUGGCGCCUAUUAGGGGAGUGGCGCCUAGUAGGGGAGUGGCGCCUAUUAGGGGAGUGGCGCCUAUUAGGGGAGUGGCACCUAUUAGGGGAAAGGCGCCUAUUAGGGGAGUGGCGCCUAUUAAGGGAGUGGCGCCUAUUAGGGGAGUGGCGCCUAUUAGGGGAGUGGCGCCUAUUAGGGGAGUGGCGCCUAUUAGGGGAGUGGCGGCGCCUAUUAGGGGAGUGGCGCCUAUUAGGGGAGUGGCGCCGCCUAUUAGGGGAGUGGCGCCGCCUAUUAGGGGAGUGGCGCCGCCUAUUCGGGGAGUGGCGCCUAUUAGGGGAGUGGCGCCUAUAAGGGGAGUGGCGCCUACUAUUAGGGGAGUGGCGCCUAUUAGGGGAGUGGCGCCUAUUAGGGGAGUGGCGCCUAUUAGGGGAGUGGCGCCUAUUAGGGGAGUGGCGCCUAUUAGUGGAUGGCGCCUAUUAGGGGAGUGGCGCCUAGUAGGGGAGUGGCGCCUAUUAGGGGAGUGGCGCCUAUUAGGGGAGUGGCGCCUAUUAGGGGAGUGGCGCCUAUUAGGGGAGUGGCGCCUAUUAGGGGAGUGGCGCCUAUUAGGGGAGUGGCGCCUAUUAGGGGAGUGGCGCCUAGUAGGGGAGUGGCGCCUAGUAGGGGAGUGGCGCCUAUUAGGGGAGUGGCGCCUAUUAGGGGAGUGGCGCCUAUCAGGGGAAAGGCGCCUAUUAGGGGAGUGGCGCCUAUUAGGGGAGUGGCGCCUAUUAGGGGAGUGGCGCCUAUUAGGGGAGUGGCGCCUAUUAGGGGAGUGGCGGUGCCUAUUAGGGGAGUGGCGCCUAUUAGGGGAGUGGCGCCUAUUAGGGGAGUGGCGCCUACUAUUAGGGGAGUGGCGCCUAUUAGGGGAGUGGCGCCUAUUAGGGGAGUGGCGCCUAUUAGGGGAGAGGCGCCUAUUAGGGGAGUGGCGCCUAUUAGGGGAGUGGCGCCUAUUAGGGGAGUGGCUGGCGUCUAUUAGGGGAGUGUCGCCUAUUAAGGAAGUGGCGCCUAUUAGGGGAUGGCGCCUAUUAGGGGAGUGGCGCCUAUUAGUGGAGUGGCGCCUAUUAGGGGAGUGGCGCCUUUUAGGGGAGUGGCGCCUAUUAGGGGAGUGGCGCCUAUUAGGGGAGUGGCGCCUAUUAGGGGAGUGGCGCCUAUUAGGGGAGUGGCGCCUAUUAGGGGAGUGGCGCCUAUUAGGGGAGUGGCGCCUAUUAGGGGAGUGGCGCCUAUUAGGGGAGUGGGGCCUAUUAGGGGAGUGGCGCCUAUUAGGGGAGUGGCGCCUAUUAGGGGAGUUGCGCCUAUUAGGGGAGUGGCGCCUAUUAGGGGAGUGGCGCCUAUUAGGGGAGUGGCGCCUAUUAGGGGAGUGGCGCCUAUUAGGGGAGUGGCGCCUAUUAGGGGAGUGGCGCCUAUUAGGGGAGUGGCGCCUAUUAGGGGAGUGGCGCCUAUUAGGGGAGUGGCGCCUAUUAGGGGAGUGGCGCCUAGUAGGGGAGUGGCGCCUAUUAGGGGAGUGGCGCCUAUUAGGGGAGUGGCGCCUAUUAGGGGAAAGGCGCCUAUUAGGGGAGUGGCGCCUAUUAGGGGAGUGGCGCCUAUUAGGGGAGUGGCGCCUAUUAGGGGAGUGGCGCCUAUUAGGGGAGUGGCGCCUAUUAGGGGAGUGGCGGCGCCUAUUAGGGGAGUGGCGCCUAUUAGGGGAGUGGCGCCGCCUAUUAGGGGAGUGGCGCCGCCUAGUAGGGGAGUGGCGCCGCCUAUUCGGGGAGUGGCGCCUAUUAGGGGAGUGGCGCCUAUUAGGGGAGUGGCGCCUACUAUUAGGGGAGUGGCGCCUAUUAGGGGAGUGGCGCCUAUUAGGGGAGAGGCGCCUAUUAGGGGAGUGGCGCCUAUUAGGGGAGUGGCGCCUAUUAGGGGAGUGGCUGGCGCCUAUUAGGGGAGUGGCGCCUAUUAAGGAAGUGGCGCCUAUUAGGGGAGUGGCGCCAAUUAGGGGAGUGGCGCCUAUUAGGGGAGUGGCGCCUAUUAGGGGAGUGGCGCCUAUUAAGGGAGUGGCGCCUAUUAGGGGAGUGGCGCCUAUUAGGGGAGUGGCGCCUAUUAGUGGAGUGGCGCCUAUUAGGGGAGUGGCGCCUUUUAGGGGAGUGGCGCCUAUUAGGGGAGUGGCGCCUAUUAGGGGAGUGGCGCCUAUUAGGGGAGUGGCGCCUAUUAGGGGAGUGGCGCCUAUUAGGGGAGUGGCGCCUAUUAGGGGAGUGGCGCCUAUUAGGGGAGUGGCGCCUAUUAGGGGAGUGGGGCCUAUUAGGGGAGUGGCGCCUAUUAGGGGAGUGGCGCCUAUUAGGGGAGUUGCGCCUAUUAGGGGAGUGGCACCUAUUAGGGGAGUGGCGCCUAUCAGUGGAGUGGCGCCUAUUAGGGGAGUGGCGCCUAUUAGGGGAGUGGCUGGCGCCUUUAAGGGGAGGGAGUGGCGCCUAUUCGGGGAGUGGCGCCUAUUAGGGGAGUGGCGCCUAUUAGGGGAGUGGCGCCUAUCAGGGGAGUGGCGCCUAUUAGGGGAGUGGCGCCUAUUAGGGGAGUGGCGCCUAGUAGGGGAGUGGCGCCUAUUAGGGGAGUGGCGCCUAUUAGGGGAGUGGCGCCUAUUAGGGGAAAGGCGCCUAUUAGGGGAGUGGCGCCUAUUAGGGGAGUGGCGCCUAUUAGGGGAGUGGCGCCGCCUAUUAGGGGAGUGGUGCCUAUUAGGGGAGUGGCGCCUAUUAGGUAAGUGGCGCCUAUUAGGGGAGUGGCGCCUAUUAGGGGAGUGGCGCCUAUUAGGGGAGUGGCGCCUAUUAGGGGAGUGGCGCCUAUUAGGGGAAAGGCGCCUAUUAGGGGAGUGGCGCCUAUUAGGGGAGUGGCGCCUAUUAGGGGAGUGGCGCCUAUUAGGGGAGUGGCGCCUAUUAGGGGAGUGGCGCCUAUUAGGGGAGUGGCGGCGCCUAUUAGGGGAGUGGCGCCUAUUAGGGGAGUGGCGCCGCCUAUUAGGGGAGUGGCGCCGCCUAUUCGGGGAGUGGCGCCUAUUAGGGGAGUGGCGCCUAUUAGGGGAGUGGCGCCUACUAUUAGGGGAGUGGCGCCUAUUAGGGAAGUGGCGCCUAUUAGGGGAGUGGCGCCUAUUAGGGGAGUGGCGCCUAUUAGGGGAGUGGUGCCUAUUAGGGGAGUGGCGCCUAUUAGGGGAGUGGCGCCUAUUAGGGGAGUGGCGCCUAUUAGGGGAGUGGCGCCUAUUAGGGGAGUGGCGCCUAUUAGGGGAGUGGCGCCUAUUAGGGGAGUGGCGCCUAUUAGGGAAAAGGCGCCUAUUAGGGGAGUGGCGCCUAUUAGGGGAGUGGCGCCUAUUAGGGGAGUGGCGCCUAUUAGGGGAGUGGCGCCUAUUAGGGGCGUGGCGCCUAUUAGGGGCGUGGCGCCUAUUAGGGGAGUGGCGCCUAUUAGGGGAGUGGCGCCUAUUAGGGGAGUGGCGCCUAUUAGGGGAGAGGCGCCUAUUAGGGGAGUGGCGCCUAUUAGGGGAGUGGCGCCUAUUAGGGGAGUGGCGCCUAUUGGGGGAGAGGCGCCUAAUAGGGGAGUGGCGCAUAUUAGGGGAGUGGCGCCUAUUAGUGGAGUGGCGCCUAUUAGGGGAGUGGCGCCUAUUAGGGGAGUGGCUGGCGCCUUUAAGGGGAGUGGCCCCUAUUAGGGGAUGGCGCCUAUUAAGGGAGUGGCGCCUAUUAGGGGAGUGGCACCUAUUAGGGGAGUGGCGCCUAUUAGGGGAGUGGCGCCUAUUAGGGGAGUGGCGCCUAGUAGGGGAGUGGCGCCUAUUAGGGGAGUGGCGCCUAUUAGGGGAGUGGCGCCUAUUAGGGGAGUGGCGCCUAUUAGGGGAGUGGCGCCUAUUAGGGGAGUGGCGCCUAUUAGGGGAGUGGCGCCUAUUAGGGGAGUGGCGCCUAUUAGGGGAGUGGGGCCUAUUAGGGGAGUGGCGCCUAUUAGGGGAGUGGCGCCUAUUAGGGGAGUUGCGCCUAUUAGGGGAGUGGCGCCUAUUAGGGGAGUGGCGCCUAUCAGUGGAGUGGCGCCUAUUAGGGGAGUGGCGCCUAUUAGGGGAGUGGCUGGCGCCUUUAAGGGGAUGGCGCCUAUUAAGGGAGUGGCGCCUAUUAGGGGAGUGGCGCCUAUUAGGGGAGUGGCGCCUAUUAGGGGAGUGGCGCCUAUUAGGGGAGUGGCGCCUAGUAGGGGAGUGGCGCCUAUUAGGGGAGUGGCGCCUAUUAGGGGAGUGGCGCCUAUUAGGGGAGUGGCGCCUAUUAGGGGAGUGGCGCCUAUUAGGGGAGUGGCGCCUAUCAGGGGAGUGGCGCCUAUUAGGGGAGUGGCGCCUAUUAGGGGAGUGGCGCCUAGUAGGGGAGUGGCGCCUAUUAGGGGAGUGGCGCCUAUUAGGGGAGUGGCGCCUAUUAGGGGAAAGGCGCCUAUUAGGGGAGUGGCGCCUAUUAGGGGAGUGGCGCCUAUUAGGGGAGUGGCGCCUAUUAGGGGAGUGGCGCCUAUUAGGGGAGUGGCGCCUAUUAGGGGAGUGGCGGCGCCUAUUAGGGGAGUGGCGCCUAUUAGGGGAGUGGCGCCGCCUAUUAGGGGAGUGGCGCCGCCUAGUAGGGGAGUGGCGCCGCCUAUUCGGGGAGUGGCGCCUAUUAGGGGAGUGGCGUCUAUUAGGGGAGUGGCGCCUACUAUUAGGGGAGUGGCGCCUAUUAGGGGAGUGGCGCCUAUUAGGGGAGUGGCGCCUAUUAGGGGAGAGGCGCCUAUUAGGGGAGUGGCGCCUAUUAGGGGAGUGGCGCCUAUUAGGGGAGUGGCUGGCGCCUAUUAGGGGAGUGGCGCCUAUUAAGGAAGUGGCGCCUAUUAGGGGAGUGGCGCCAAUUAGGGGAGUGGCGCCUAUUAGGGGAGUGGCGCCUAUUAGGGGAGUGGCGCCUAUUAAGGGAGUGGCGCCUAUUAGGGGAGUGGCGCCUAUUAGGGGAGUGGCGCCUAUUAGUGGAGUGGCGCCUAUUAGGGGAGUGGCGCCUUUUAGGGGAGUGGCGCCUAUUAGGGGAGUGGCGCCUAUUAGGGGAGUGGCGCCUAUUAGGGGAGUGGCGCCUAUUAGGGGAGUGGCGCCUAUUAGGGGAGUGGCGCCUAUUAGGGGAGUGGCGCCUAUUAGGGGAGUGGCGCCUAUUAGGGGAGUGGGGCCUAUUAGGGGAGUGGCGCCUAUUAGGGGAGUGGCGCCUAUUAGGGGAGUUGCGCCUAUUAGGGGAGUGGCGCCUAUUAGGGGAGUGGCGCCUAUCAGUGGAGUGGCGCCUAUUAGGGGAGUGGCGCCUAUUAGGGGAGUGGCUGGCGCCUUUAAGGGGAGGGAGUGGCGCCUAUUCGGGGAGUGGCGCCUAUUAGGGGAGUGGCGCCUAUUAGGGGAGUGGCGGAGCCUAUUAGGGGAGUGGCGCCGCCUAGGGGAGUGGCACCGCCUAUUAGGGGAGUGGCGCCGCCUAUUAGGGGAGUGGUGCCUAUUAGGGGAGUGGCGCCUAUUAGGUAAGUGGCGCCUAUUAGGGGAGUGGCGCCUAUUAGGGGAGUGGCGCCUAUUAGGGGAGUGGCGCCUAUUAGGGGAGUGGCGCCUAUUAGGGGAAAGGCGCCUAUUAGGGGAGUGGCGCCUAUUAGGGGAGUGGCGCCUAUUAGGGGAGUGGCGCCUAUUAGGGGAGUGGCGCCUAUUAGGGGAGUGGCGCCUAUUAGGGGAGUGGCGCCUAUUAGGGGAGUGGCGGCGCCUAUUAGGGGAGUGGCGCCUAUUAGGGGAGUGGCGCCGCCUAUUAGGGGAGUGGCGCCGCCUAUUCGGGGAGUGGCGCCUAUUAGGGGAGUGGCGCCUAUUAGGGGAGUGGCGCCUAGUAUUAGGGGAGUGGCGCCUAUUAGGGAAGUGGCGCCUAUUAGGGGAGUGGCGCCUAUUAGGGGAGUGGUGCCUAUUAGGGGAGUGGCGCCGAUUAGGGGAGUGGCGCCUAUUAGGGGAGUGGCGCCUAUUAGGGGAGUGGCGCCUAUUAGGGGAGUGGCGCCUAUUAGGGGAGUGGCGCCUAUUAGGGGAGUGGCGCCUAUUAGGGGAAAGGCGCCUAUUAGGGGAGUGGCGCCUGUUAGGGGAGUGGCGCCUAUUAGGGGAGUGGCGCCUAUUAGGGGAGUGGCGCCUAUUAGGGGCGUGGCGCCUAUUAGGGGCGUGGCGCCUAUUAGGGGAGUGGCGCCUAUUAGGGGAGUGGCGCCUAUUAGGGGAGUGGCGCCUAUUAGGGGAGAGGCGCCUAUGA